CGCUCUGGCCUAUGAUUGGCGAGCGCUUCUGGCUGAGUUUCCGGUGCGAUAAAGCAGCCCAGGGACGGGCGGUGGUUGGUUUCUAGGUUGGUGCCGUCCGAGCCGGCAAAAUGAAGCGCAGCGCCGAGAAGGUGGGCUGGCAACCUCGUGCUAACGGCUGCAGCCUCCCAGCGCACGGUUGCGACCGGAAAAACGGUUACGUACGAGGCUUCCCGGGGCCCGAAUCCCACAGCCAGAUUCAUCAUAUUGCCCACAAUGGAGGUUUAUAUAAGAGACCUUUCAAUGAAACUUUUGAAGAAACACCAAUGCUGGUUGCUGUACUGACUUAUGUAGGCUAUGGUGUGCUCACCCUUUUUGGAUAUCUUCGAGACUUUCUACGGCAGUGGAAAAUUGAGAAAUGCCAUAAUGCAACAGAAAGAGAUGAACAAAAGGAUUUUGUUCCUUUGUACCAAGAUUUUGAGAACUUCUAUACAAGGAAUCUUUACAUGCGCAUUAGAGAUAGUUGGAACAGACCAAUCUGCAGUGUACCAGGAGCAAAAGUGGAUAUGUUGGAACGAGUUUCUCAUGAUUAUAAUUGGACAUUCAAGUAUACAGGAAAUAUAAUAAAGGAUGUAAUUAAUAUGGGAUCCUACAACUAUCUUGGAUUUGCAGAAAACACUGAUGCUUGCAAAAAGGCAGUGGCUGAGGUUCUCUCACAAUAUGGAUGUGGGGUUUGCAGUACUAGGCAAGAGAUGGGAAACCUGGAUAAACAUGAGGAACUAGAAAGUUUAGUAGCCAGAUUCCUUGGCGUGGAAUCUGUUUUGGCAUAUGGAAUGGGAUUUGCCACAAACUCAAUGAAUAUUCCUGCUUUGGUUGGCAAGGGUUGUCUAAUAUUGAGUGAUGAGUUGAAUCAUGCAUCUCUGGUCCUAGGGGCAAGACUUUCAGGAGCAACAAUUCGAAUCUUUAAACACAAUAAUAUGCAGAGCCUGGAGAAGCUGCUCAAAGAUGCCAUUGUAUAUGGGCAACCUCGCACACACAGGCCAUGGAAAAAAAUUCUCAUCAUUGUUGAAGGCAUAUACAGCAUGGAGGGAUCCAUAGUCCGACUACCUGAAGUAAUUGCUCUUAAGAAAAAAUACAAAUCUUACCUGUACAUGGAUGAAGCUCAUAGUAUAGGAGCACUGGGUCCCAGUGGCCGGGGCGUAGUUGAAUAUUUUGGACUUAACCCUGAGGAUGUGGAUAUUAUGAUGGGGACAUUCUCCAAGAGCUUUGGAGCUGCUGGAGGAUACGUUGGAGGCAAGAAGGAGCUGAUUGAUUACCUUCGUGUCUACUCACACAGUACAGUGUAUGCCACAUCAUUUUCCCCUCCAGUUCUUCAACAAAUCAUUGCAUCAAUGAAGUGCAUUAUGGGUGAAGAUGGCACAACAUUUGGCAAGUUCCGUAUACAACAGUUGGCAGAGAACACCAGAUACUUCCGAAGACAACUUAAGAAAAUGGGAUUUAUAAUCUAUGGAAAUGAAGAUUCUCCUGUUGUACCUCUGAUGCUGUAUAUGCCAGCAAAAAUUGGUGCAUUUGGACGAGAGAUGUUGAAACGGCAUGUAGGUGUUGUUGUUGUGGGCUUUCCUGCUACCCCAAUCAUCGAAUCCAGAGCGAGAAUUUGUUUGUCUGCAUCUCAUAGCAGAGAGAUACUUGAUACUGCUUUAAAGAAAAUAGAUGAAGUUGGAAACCUCUUGCUAUUGAAAUAUUCUCGUCAUCGAGUGCUACCUCUCCUUGACCGACCUUUUGAUGAGACAACAUAUGAAGAGACGGAUGACUGAACUCUUUUGAUGUGUUUUGUGAAUUGAGUAUGCUCCCCAGAACUUUAUAAGGCUCAAAGACCAAGGUUCUUGAAUCCAAUACUUAAUGACUGCUCAGCAUAAACAGAAUGACUUUUUACUCACAAAACUGAAGUGGCCACAAGAGCUGUUAAAUCAUGUGUGGUAAAUGGCAAAACAAAACCUGGGUUUUAUUCCCAUUGCUUCAAGGUCCUGCUAUAGGUAGGUGCCUGACUUGCAUUUUUAAAAUGCUGCCUCCUUAUUUAUGUUGCAGUAAGAUCCCGUUAACUUCUGUUGACACAUCUGCAUUACCCAUCAUACUGCCAUGGAGGCUCUGUUGGUGUGUUAGAAGAUGCUGCAGUGUUUCUGUUACUUUUUCUCAUUUCUAAUAUCUGACCUUCGUCAGAAUAUAUGACUGGCCAAAUGAAUCAGUUAAGGUUUCUGAGGAGAUUGUUGACAGCUAAUUAAAAUAUAUUGAACAGAAAGAAUCAACCUAAAUAUUUCCUUUUCCCAUUAUUUCAUGCUGUUGGGAGAGUACCUUUUUAUUAUUAAAAUGAUAGUAGACCCACCAGUUUGAGGAAUAUUGUGUUCAUCAAGGUACAAAAGAGGAAGUCUUCCAGACCAUUGGCCACUUUGGUUUUUCAGGUUAAGUAUCAAGCUUUCUGCAUUUGGGUAAGUAGCAAAUAAUAUCUGAGAGCAGGAAAGGUUUUUAUGUGAGCAUUUUUUUUCUUGAAUGGAAUUACUCUACUCAUGCAUACUCUACUUGUUUCUAUUUUCUUCAUAGAGAAUAUUACAAAAUUGUAUCCUUGUGAAUUCAGUUGAUGUAUUCCAUCAAGGAGUUUGUAUUUUUCCCCAAUAUGGUAAAUAUUGACUAUCAUAUCCUACAGAGUGAAGCUAUAAUAGUUACCAUGUAAAUUUAACAUAGUAAAUUAUCUUGGGCAAGCUUCAUCAUAGAAUGAGCAUUGGAAAUUGAGUUCUGGCUGGUUAUAUUAGGAAUUUUCUGUAUGAAACGUUUUCUAUAUGAAAUUCUGAAUUUAAGUUGCUGGUAUGAUGAUUUUAGAUUGAUUGUUUAGAUCUCUGAUUAUGAAGAAGGUUAAAAAGAGUCUGAACCAAAAAUUAAGAGCCAGUUUUGUCUCUAUGGGCUUGACAUGAUAUCAUUAACCUUUUGGGGACCACUAGAAGAAUUAUGAUCUGAUGGAAAAAUAAUUUAUGUAUAUAGCUAUUUGUGGCAGCUGGCAAAAUGAUGUUCUCUCAAUAAAAGUGUGUAUAAAGCAGUUGGAGUAUAUCAAAAGAUGACAUCAGUACAAAAACCCUCUCAAAGUACAAAAGCGCAUUGAAAAAUGCAAAUCUCUGUGUUGUCCAUUUGCCAAAUGCACCUUCUUGGGCCAGUAUUUUACUGAACUCUAUCGUAAAAUUAUCUGCAGAAAUUUUAUGUGUAACUGUAAAGAAAGUUGGGAAAUAAACUGAGUGAAAAAACAAUGUAUGGAGCCGGAGGCUUAUUAGCCCGAAAGCUAAUGGUGGCCCAUAUUUUGGUAGUCAGUAGACAGGCUUGCACUGUAAGUUACAAUUUGAAAGUCUUAAAUUGCACUGUGCUCCUACUCUUCUCUGUUGGUAAUAAUGUACAUAUAUCCUAGAUUUUUAAAAUAAAUGUUAAACAUUUUAAAUGAACUUUUUAAUUAACUUUUUAAUUUCUUCCAGAAAUACAACUUUUUUACACUGUGAGGAAAUCAAAUUUGGGUGCCAUAUGGGAAGGGAGGAAAAAGAGAAGCAGAUUUUACAUUGACUUUUAAGAAAAUAACAAUGCAUGUUAAGCUGAGAAACUGCUUGACAAAUCUAUUUGUGUUCUGCUUAAUAAAGAGUUCACAAAAAGGUG